AUGAUUCUUGUUAACAUGCAACUGCCAUACUCAUUCAUCUGGCUCAUAUUCUUCAUGAUCUGGGUUUUAAGUAUAAUAGUUGAGGAUGUUUCAGCCUCUUCUGACUCUAAGAUCAGUUGCCGACUGCCCAGUGAGAACAUCACUGGAUAUCUGAGCCAAGAAGGAGACAUUAUUAUGGGGGGAACAUUCACAGUUCAUUCAGACAGAGUGAACAGAGACAUUAAUUUCACUGUGAAGCCUCCAGAUAUUCAGUGCCAGAGCUUUGCUGUUGAGUAUUACCAGACCAUGCGUGCCCUAAUUUUUGCUGUGGAGGAGAUUAAUGCAGAUCCUGAACUGCUUCCCAACAUUACACUGGGCUUCCAGAUUUUCGACACCUGCAACACCUUAAGACCAGCAGCACAAGGAACUCUUUCGAUGCUUUCAGGAAAAAACGAAAUCACUCCUAACUAUCACUGUUACAAAGGGGCACCUCUUGCAGGUAUCAUUGGUGACUCUGGGUCUUCACGAUCCAUUCUCAUGGCCCAGAUUUUGGGGUUGUACCGAUAUCCCCAGAUUAGUUAUUUUGCAACCAACCCAACUCUCAGCAACCGUGUCCUGUUUCCUUCUUUUUUCCGUACCAUCCCAAGUGAUGAAUUUCAGAUGAGAGGCCUGGCCCAGCUGGUCUUUCAUUUUGGUUGGUCUUGGGUUGGUCUCCUGGCUAAUGAUGAUGACUAUGGCCAAUAUGGGCUUCAGAUGGCAAAACAAGAAAUAAUUAAUGGUGGAGCUUGUGUGGCCUUCACCGAAAAUAUCUUAACUGGUCAACCAAACAGAAAUGCUCCCCAUAUUGUUCGGGUGAUUAAGGAAGCAACUGCAAAGGUUGUGGUGGUGAUAACAUUUGAUUCAGAUUUUAUGAUUGUAGUGGAAGAGAUGUUGAGGCAGAACUUAACUGGACAUAUUUGGAUUGCCAGUGAAUCUUGGGCAACUUCUGUUUUACUGUGUAAAGACAGAUUCAAUAUUGUUUUAGCAGGCACAAUUGGUUUUGCCAUCCAUGGUGGGAAAAUGCCAAACUUCACUAAGUAUCUCAACAAUCUUCAUCCAGUGAAAUAUCUGUAUGAUUCAUUAAUAUUGGAAUAUUGGGAGCAGAUCUUCUCUUGCAAAUGGUACAGUCAGAAUAGUUUAGUUAUCCAUAGAAACAAUGACUCAAUAAAAAUAUGUACAGGAAAUGAAAAGCUGGAGAGCCCACUUCCUGGUGAAGACCAUAGAUUAUCUCUCAAUGUAUACAUUGCUGCAUAUGCAAUGGCCUGGGCCCUGCAAAGCUUGUUACAUUGUACACCAGGAGAUGGCCCAUUCCAUAAAGGUGCCUGUGCCAACAUCUCUUCAUUUUAUCCUUGGCAUCUUUAUCAUUAUAUUAAAAAUGUUAACUUCAAGACCAAAAAUGGAAGGCAGGUAUUUUUUGAUGCAAGGGGGAACCCCCCAGCCAUUUAUGACAUUGUGAAUUGGCAUCUGAGUGCUGAAGGGACACUGGAGCAAAUUACAGUUGGCAGUUACGACUUCAGUGCUGCUGAUGGGAAAACCCUGAGUAUAGAAGAUGCUGACAUUGUAUGGACUAACAGCAAAACCCAGGUUCCAUUUUCAAAGUGCAGCCCAAGCUGUCCUUCUGGAUUUCAUAAAGUUAUACUUCCAGGAAAACCCCCUUGUUGUUAUGAGUGUGCCCGGUGUCCCUUGGGACAUAUAUCAAACCAAACAGAUUCUGUAGAAUGUCAUCCAUGUUCCUGGGUUAUGUGGCCUAAUCUACAACAGGACAGAUGCUUGCCAAGACCUACAGAGUUCCUUUCUUAUGAAGAACCAUUGGGUUAUACUUUAGCUGCCAUUUCCCUCUUAUCCUCUCUGAUUCCACUUUCUAUUUUGGUCAUAUUUAUUUGUUCCAAAAAAACACCAAUAGUCCGAGCCAACAACUAUUCCCUUAGUUGCCUUCUCCUGCUUUCUCUGUUCCUUUGUUUCCUUUGCUCUUUAGGGUUCAUUGGUUACCCACAACCUAAACAGUGUCUUCUAAGCCAGGUGGCAUUUGGGAUGAUUUUUGAUCUCUGUAUUUCUUGUGUUCUGGCCAAAACCAUCACUGUUGUCAUUGCCUUCACUGCAACAAGGCCAGGAAGCAAGUUAAGACAAUGGACAGGAGUAAAAUCAUCUUAUAGCAUUAUUAUACUUAGUUCCUUUAUUCAGUUAUGCAUUUGUGGAAUGUGGUUAAUCUUCUCUCCUCCCUUUUCUGAACAUGACACGGAUAGCAAACCUGGAUUCAUCAUUGUAAACUGCAAUGAAGGGUCCCCGAUUGCCUUUUGGUGCAUGCUGGGAUACCUUGGCCUCUUGGCCUCCGUAAGUUUCAUUGUUGCCUUCUUGGCCAGACGACUCCCUGACAGUUUCAACGAAGCCAAAUUUAUCACAUUCAGUAUGUUGGCUUUCCUCAGUGUCUGGGUGUCCUUUAUCCCAGCCUAUCUCAGUGCACGGGGCAUGUAUACUGUGGCAAUGGAGGUCUUUGCCAUUCUGUCUUCCAGCUGGGCAAUAGUGGUUUGUAUUUUUGUGCCAAAAUGUUACAUUGUUUUGUUCAGACCCAACAUGAACUCCAGAGAACAUCUUACAAUUAAAAGCAGAGGGUUCAUUGGUUACCCACAGUCUGAAAUGUGUCUUCUAUACCAAGUGGCAUUUGGGAUGGGUUUUGCUCUCUGCAUCUCCUGUGUUCUGGCCAAAACUAUCACUGUUGUCAUUGCCUUUAAUGCAACCAGGCAGCAGAUUAAGAAAGUGGACAGGGCUGUGCACUGCAUACAGUUACAGUUGUACUACACCCUGCCUCCACACCUUUGUGAGGACUCAUCUCCUGAGAAACAAGGUCUCAUCUGGAGCAUACUAGAUGAGACUAUCUGA